AGCCGGAGAAAUGGGUUUACGUUAUUUGGCAACACUGGUUUUCGCGUAUAUGGUUUGGUACACACAAUCCCAAUCAUUCCAGAUAACCGGUCAGGGUGCACAAGAAGAUUUUAGUAAGCUGAAAAUACCCCAAACGUGUAAGGAAACGCCGAGGAACUCUUCGGGCGUUUUCUUGAUUCAUCCGGACAAAGGAUUUGGAGAACCGUUCUUCGCGCAAUGCGACCACAAGCACGAGUCUGGAGGAUGGACUGUGAUCCAAAAUCGGUUCGAUGGCUCGGUUAAUUUUUAUAGACCUUGGUCCGACUACAAGAAUGGGUUUGGGCAUCUGGACCGAGAGUUUUGGUUGGGUUUGGAUCGGAUCACUAGGCUAACUAAUGCAAAAACACACGAACUGCAUGUUGUAAUGACCCGAGCAAAAAGAACAUAUGUUGCUAAAUACACCAAAUUCGCUAUAGGAAGUGAAACCGAGUCUUACCAUAUUUCUGUAUUGGGCCGUUACAGUGGCCCAGCCAAAGGAGAUGCGCUGGAAUACCAUAAAAAUCGCAAGUUUUCCACUUUUGACCGCGAUAAUGAUGCCAGCAAGUACAAUUGCGCCGUUAAACACACGGGAGCUUGGUGGUAUGGUGAUUGUCAUAAGAGUAAUUUGAAUGGAAAUUACACAACAACAACGAUUGCUGGAAUGUGUUGGUUCAUUGAUACUUGCUGGUGGCACAUGAAGACGUCUAGAAUGUUAAUUAGAAGCCGAAAAUGAUUUAGCAGUUGUAGCUGUAUUAAAUUACAACAACAUUUUUUUUAUAAUCUAUGUAAAUUCUUGGCAUGGCCACUCGUUC